CCCUGUCGUUCAUUCUUUUAUUCUAUUAUUAUUAUUUUAUUCUAUUUAUUUGCUCACAUGGAUUAUCAAAACAUUGCACAGGAAUAUUAUAUUAUUGUAUUUGAUUAUCUAUUUUUUCAAUUACUAUUAUGUUUUCUAAGAAGAUGAAAAAGAAAAUCCAGAAAAAAAUCAAUCGCAGCCAAAUAAUUGUUUCUAAUGACACAGAUCUUCAAUUCAGCGACACACCGACUGAGAAUCUGAUUGUUUGUAAUGCCGGUCUCGCGACCGGUUUACACCAAGAAGUAUUAGUUGAAGAAGUACUGCGCCACGUAGCAUCCUCGUCGUUGGCAAACAUCAAUUUUCCAUCCGGUAAAUCCUACUGUUUCUUGCGCUUCGACUCACCAGAAACGGCACAGAAAGCUUAUGAAGCAAUGAACGGUGUUGCACCUUUGGGGCAGGAUGGAUGUGUCCUUCUGAUGGCAUACAGUUGCAGCGAGCUGCCAUCCAAAGAUUCUGAUCCGUGGAGAAAUGAUCAUCUACCUCCCGGUUUGAUACUGAUACCAGAUUUUGUGGAUGAAAGGCUAGAAUCGGAAUUACUCCACAUCGUUAAAUGUACCGAUGAUGUGGAAGUUGGGGGUAGUUUGAAAAACCGCCGUGUUCAACAUUUUGGCUAUGAGUUUUUGUACGGAAGAAAUAAUGUCGACAGACGUAAACCAUUGGCACAAAAUAUUCCUGCCAUUUGUGACCAGCUGUGGGAAAAGUUACGCUUAGACCGUCCUACAUUUGGCGGAUUUAUACCUAAUCAGCUAACAGUCAAUAGCUAUGAGCCAGGCCAGGGAAUUCCACCCCACGUUGACACGCAUAGUGCCUUCGAAGAUCCGAUUGUUAGUCUCUCGUUGGGGAGCGAUAUAUCGAUGGAAUUCAGAGAUGUUGAAGGAAAUCAUGUGAAUGUAGAUUUGCCCCGGAGGUCUUUGUUAAUUAUGUCAGGCGAAAGUCGAUACGGUUGGGCCCAUGGCAUAACGCCUCGCAAAAUGGACACUAUACGAUUAAACAAUAGUCUAACGGUACGGAACCGAGGUUUUCGUGUGUCCUAUACAUUCCGUAAACUGCAAGAUUUACCGUGCCAUUGCAAAUUCCCAGCUUUGUGUGAUACCUUUAAAGAAGAAUCGGAACUUAGGAAGCAUCACCUUCAAGAAAAUGCAGCCCAACUCGAACAAGAAAACGUGCAUAAAGUUUACAACGAAAUUGCUAAGCAUUUUAGUGAAACACGUCAUACGCCUUGGCCCCAAGUUGCAGCAUUUUUGAAUUCUCUGGCGGCUGGUUCAAUUGUGCUCGAUGUUGGAUGUGGGAACGGAAAAUAUUUGGACCAAAAUUCUCACCUUUCUUGCCUUGGAUGCGAUCGCAGCGAUGAGCUGCUUAAAGUUUGUGCCUCGCGAGGUCUAAAUGUCCUACAAUGUGACUGUUUAGCGCUACCUUUCCGGGCGUCUUCUGUGGAUGCUUGCAUAAGCAUCGCUGUUAUCCAUCAUUUGGCUACUGCAGAAAGACGUCUGAGAGCGGUGAAAGAAAUGGCUCGAGUUCUUCGACCAGGGGGACGAGCCCUUAUCUACGUUUGGGCUAAAAAUCAAGAAGCAAACGCGAAAAAAUCGAGCUAUCUUCGACAAAACAAACAUGGAAAUGCUAUAGCCGCGAAACGGGAGUCAAAUUUUGGUACAGAGGACACGAUACUUCCAGUUCACACCAAUAGAACGCAAUUUCAAUAUCAGGAUCUGUUGGUGCCAUGGAAAUUACGCGAUGUGGAACGGCAGGAACAUACGACGAAGGCGACCUUUUUGCGAUACUAUCAUGUUUUUGAGGAGCGUGAGUUGGAGGACUUAUGCGGAACCGUACCUGAUAUAAUUGUGGAAGAAAGUUACUACGAUCAAGGAAACUGGUGUGUCGUGUUUCGAAAACAAUGUUAGGCAAUGCGUAAAAAGA